AUGACGUCUCGUGUUCGGUUGUACUCGAAACCGGUUGAAGAAGACUCUGAAUACGAUGAGGACAAUCAGCGGAAGCUCUACGAAACUGAGCUGAACGAGGAUGAACUUCACGAGGUGUAUCGAGUUCUGAAGUACUUUUUUCCCUCUUCACUGGGAUACUGUUCAUUCCUGUCUAGUUACUAUCAUCGUUACAAGAAUAAGUCGUAUGUGCGGAGGAACGACGUCGGGAAAUACUGCCAAGUAUGCAAGGCAAAGCGACUGGGAGUACGAUCAAGAGGUCUUCCAAGUGACCUACAGCUUCGUAAACUGUGGAUUUUGCGCUUUAAUUUGGAACCCGAGCGAGCUGCUGAGCUGUGGGUGAAGGACGCGUUUUCUGAUAAUUCACACAGUGGCGAAGUUUGCUCGAUUCACUUCCCGGAGUACGAUGAUGACCUUCGUACUUGUCGCGAAUUACUUCCACUCGAUAUGAGGCCACCACAUGUGUUAAUGCAGACGAUGUGGAUUUUGGCAAUAUGGUUCUCACUUGUGUAUUCUGUAGUUCCCGGAGAACUUUGAAGUCCAUGAUUCCUUUUGUUAGAGCACGUUCUCGUCGUCGUCGUUGGAUCAGCGCUCUUAGCAAUGGCGACUCACAUGAGCUCCGUGAAGCGCUGAAAAAUGGAGCGACUAAAUUUCUGUGUGACUGGCAUUUUGCGGAUAACUGCUUCUCUGUAAACACUUACGGUGAAUGGAAGUUGAGGAAGGAUGCUUUACCAAAUCCUACUGUAAAUGGCCUACAGGAGAACUACAAUCAGGAGCCUACAACAUCUACUAGUGCUCUUGAUGUGGACUAUUUCGAAGAUUAUGUAGAAACAGACGUUGAGUAUUCAGAUGAUAGCGAUUUUGAGCUGGAAAUCAUUAGGAGGAUGCAAAGCAGUGUCAACGUUGUUGUGUCCAAAGCACGUCAUUGCGUGUUCUGUCAUGUUGUUGUAUCAUCAGAUAAAUCAAAGACACAGCAUCGACCGCGUACAUGGCCAUACGAUGAUGUGAAACACGAAAAAUAUUUAUCCAUAAUGCGAUGGCCUAAGCAAUUCGAAGAAGAAAUUCGUCGCCUUUGGGUUAGACGACGUAUAGAGCCGCUCAGUUAUCCAAAAUUGACUAUUUGUCAAGGACAUUUAGAAGAUGCGGGUAUCCCUGAACAAAUUGAGUCAUGGUUGUCCAAGUACUGUGUGCUAUGUGAUGAAGAACUCGGCGAUAAGAACCUUCUACUACCUUUUCCUGUGGAACAAAGUAGUAGAAUUUCAUGGGCGAGAAGCCUUUUUUCGAAGAAACCGUGUAAUACUCUUCUACAGAAACAGCAGCAAUGGCUUCGUGAGCGAUUAACACGUGGUGCAGCUACUCACUACCGUCUGUGUCUGUUCCACUUCCCUAAAACAAGUUUCAUCGAAUCACAUGACUGUUUUUAUUUCGAGCAAUCAUCUCAAAUCCCUCGUGGUCCUCACGGUGUAGUAAAAUGCCCUCUUUGCGACACAUGGAAUAUUGAGUCAGAAACUACACAGAUCCGCACACCCAGAGGAGCAGCUGAGCGAAAUUUCCUUGUUGAAGUCCUUAUCAGCGGAGAUAAACCGACACUCCGAAAGGGCGUGGGAAAGUUGUCUGCGGAAUCGUCAACCAUUUGUAAGGUACACUUACCUGAUUUGGAUCCCUUUGAACUGAUAGCAGAGCGAAAACUGGUCGCUUCCGUCACAGUGCAAUGUGUAGUAUGUUCGAGGUAUGAUCUUGCACAAAAUAUGACUCCUUUUCCAUAUGACGCUGCGAAACGGACUAUGUGGGUGGAUUCUAUGUCUCGUAGAAGAGGGAACCGAAUGCGUCUGCUAAAUCGGUUGUCACUGGAAGGACGGCAUUACAUUUGUCCCUGUCAUUUCCAUCCUAAUUCACUUCGGUAUAGAAUAUGUUGUGUUUAUCUUGUGUUAGACGUUUGUCGGGAAAACUCAGUUAUAGAAAAAAAGAAGAAAUGGACAAAAAGAUUGGUGCAUUUCAAUAUUAUGCAUAUAUUUGUGCUAUACGUAUAA